AUGGGGUGGGGGAUGAGGAGUGGAGGUGGGGGGGUGGCCGCAGCGUCCCCUCUUACUAACCCCCACAUCCCCACCCCCAAUCAACCAACCCCCUAUAACCUCACCCCCCAUUUCAACCGCCCCCUGGAACCGCACUCCCUCCCUCCUUUUCUUCCUCCAGACCCCUCCCCACCCACGAUGGUACCUGUCCAGUUCUUCACAGGUGGGGCUGCUGGUCACAGGUGGGGCUGCUGGUCACAGGUGGGGCUGCUGGUCACAGGUGGGGCUGCUGGUCACAGGUGCCUGGUGCUGGCGGCUGGCGCUGGUGCUGGUGCCUGGUGCUGGCGGCUGGCGCUGGUGCUGGUGUCUGAUGCUGGUGGCUGGCGCUGGCGCUGGUGCCUGGUGCUGGCGGCUGGCGCUGGUGCUGGUGCCUGGUGCUGGCGGCUGGGGCUGGUGCCUGGUGCUGGCGGCUGGCGCUGGUGCUGGUGCCUGGUGCUGGCGGCUGGCGCUGGUGCUGGUGCCUGGUGCUGGCGGCUGGCGUUGGUGCUGGUGCCUGGUGCUGGCGGCUGGUGCUGGAGCUGGUGCCUGGUGCUGGCGGCUGGCGCUGGUGCUGGUGCCUGGUGCUGGCGGCUGGCGCUGGUGCUGGUGCCUGGUGCUGGCGGCUGGGGCUGGUGCCUGGUGCUGGCGGCUGGCGCUGGUGCUGGUGCCUGGUGCUGGCGGCUGGCGCUGGUGCUGGUGCCUGGUGCUGGCGGCUGGUGCCUGGUGCUGGCGGCUGGCACUGGCGCUGGUGCCUGGUGCUGGCGGCUGGCGCUGGUGCCUGGUGCUGGCGGCUGGCGCUGCGACCGCCGGGGCGACGGGCGAGGUGCAGGGUGGCGCUGGCUGCAGUCGAUGGCGCAAACGCGAUCGCGGGCCGCUGGCGACUUCGCUGGCGACUUCGCUGGCGGGUCGCUGGCGGCGGGUCCGCUGGCGUUCGCCAUAGCGUCCGCCGCGCCCGUCGCGCUGAGAGCCGCGACGAGGCAGGCGACAACGAUGCGACGGGCAGGCGACGAGGGGCAGCGCGAGCAGCAGGGAAAAAAAAAUACGCAAGGGGCCUAG